AUGGCUGAAUUGAUUGUUCCAAAGAUAAUUGAUGAAUUGGGUGAUGUUCUCGUGAAGCAGUUUGGGGAGAAGAUUAACCUGGUGAUGGGAGUUGAAAAGGAGGUGGCAAAUAUCUCCUCUAAGUUGGCAACCAUUGAAAAAGUGCUGCAUGAUGCAGAGAGACGAAGGCUGAAGGACAGAAGUGUUGGAAUUUGGCUAGAAAAGCUUGAGGACAUAACAUAUGAGAUGGAUGAUGUGCUGGACGAAUGGAACUUCAAGAUUCACAGAGCAAAGAAUGAAGGAAGUCACCAGAAUGCCAGAUUGCAGACAACAUUGUGGAUCAAGGUUCGUUCCCUCAUCCCCUCCCUUUGUUCUUGUCUCAAACAAGUUCCUGUUCGUAGUGAUAUUGCUUUGAAAAUAAAAAGCAUAAAUGAAAAGCUAGAAUUGACGUUGAAAGAGGCAGAUCAAUUCAAGUUUAUUACAAGUGGGGGAAUUCCUGAUUCUCAAGAUUUUCAGCGAAUUAUAACUACCUCAAUGAUAGACGAAUCAAAGAUCUGUGGUCGAGAAUCUGAUAAGGUUGCUUUACUUGACCAAGUUUUGUCUAAGAGCAGUAGUCAAGGAAGAAAGGGGGUUCAAGUUAUCUCUGUAGUAGGGGCCGGGGGUAGUGGAAAGACCACACUUGCGCAACUACUCUUCAAUAACGAUAAAGUGAGGAACCAUUUUGAACUUAGAAAUUGGAUUUGCGUAUCAGAUCCUUUUGACCAGAAAAGGAUUGCGAAAGCUAUCCUUGAGAAUGCUGGAAAAAGUUCUCAAGAAUCAGAGUUGGAUCCAUUGAUCCAACGCAUAAAAGAAACUUUUUCUGGUAAGAGAUUCCUGCUUGUCCUAGAUGAUGUCUGGACAGAGGAUGACUCAAAGUGGGAACCUUUCCAAAACUCUCUCAAGGAUGGGGCUCCUGGAAGUGAUAGCAUUUGCCAACAAAUCAGGGGACUUGUGCAAGAAGGUGGAAAGAAUUGGGCAGAAAAGUGCAAAGGGUUGCCACUUGCUGCAAAGACUAUGGGAAGCUUGUUACGGUUCAAAGAUACUGUACAACAAUGGCAGAAUGUUUUGGACAGUGAGAUAUGGCAAUUGGAGGAAGCAACUGUGGAACUUUUCCCUCAUUUGUAUUUAAGCUAUAACGAGUUGUCCCCGGAGCUGAAACGUUGCUUCUCAUAUUGUGCUGUCUUUCCCAAAGAUCAUGAGAUACUUGUAAAUGAGCUUAUUAGGCUGUGGAUAGCACAAGGUUAUGUUCGCCCAAGACGAAGAGGUGAGCGCUUGGAGCUGGUGGGCCGUGAGUACUUCAACAAUUUGGCAAUGCGUUCCUUUUUUCAAGAAUUAGAAAAAGUUGAGGCUUACUUUGGGUUACCUGAAUAUAUGAAGUGCAAGAUGCAUGACAUAGUGCAUGAUUUUGCACAAUUUCUCACAAAAAAUGAAUGUGCACUUGAUGGAAUUGGAACAAAUUCAUCUGGUGAAAGAGCACAUCAUCUAACAAUUUUGGAAGAAGGCACUGAGGAGGAGAUGUUUAGUUCUCGAGUCGUUGAUUUUGGACGGCUCAGGAGCUUUAUAACAUUUGCUAGAAUUGGAAGAGUAGUUCCCCAAAAUCUGUUUUGCAUUUUGAAGUGCGUGAGGACUCUGACUUUAAGCAAUUGUGGGCUAGCUGAAAUCCCAGCCGAGAUCGGAAGGUUGAUUCAUCUUCGGCGCUUGGACUUGAGUGAUAAUCUUUUCAUUACACUGCCAGAAGCUAUAUGUGAUCUAUAUUAUCUGGAAACUCUGGAUAUCAAUUGUUGUGAAAAGCUUUCGUGCCUUCCUGAAAGGAUUGAAGGCCUUGUACACUUAAGGCACCUUUUCAAUAAGAUGACCGUUGAUUUACGUCAAAUUCCACAAGGACUCACGAAGCUGACGUCACUUUGUACUUUGGCUAGGUUCAUCGUCAGGAGCAAUUAUGAUGAUUUGGCAAUUCUGAAGGACCUGAACCAACUGGAAAGAUUGGCCAUUGUAAUUGAAGGAGAAGUAGAUUUUGGGAGUGCAAAACUUGGCAAGAAAAUCAACAUGCGUGAAAUGUUUUUGUUAUUUAGUGAGAGGACCCACUUUAUAGAAACUCCAAGUUGCAUUGAAACCAUGCAACCACCUCCAAACUUGGAACUACUUGUGCUAGUUGGCUAUCCAGGAACCCAGUUACCAAGUUGGCUUGUGACGAAGUCUCACGCCAAUAACUUGACGAAGCUCAGUAUUGCUAGGCCCCACAACAUCUCAUCCUUGCUUGCCUUGCGGAAGCUAUCAUUCCUAGAAGAGCUUGUGCUCGGGGAAGCGGAUGAGCUAAAAUGUUUGGGUAAGGAAUUCUUCGGAGUUACAAAAGCACUACAUGAGAAUAGUCGUGAUGCUCUUGAUACAUUGUCAGACUCCGAGUCAUCAUUCUCAGCUGAAGCAGUGGCAUUUCCGAAUUUGAGAAAAUUAUAUUUUCGUGAAUUCGACAAUUGGACAAAUUGGGAAGACGUAAGUGAAGAUGAUGAAGAAGUUGCAGUCUCUAUCAUGCCAUGUCUGGAGGAGCUAAAAAUUAGUCAAUGUUACAAGCUUGAAGCUCUGCCACAUCGCAUCCUCAGCAAGAUAUCAUCUCUCAAAAAUUUGGAUAUUCAACGUUGCGACAAGUUGAGGGAUCGUUACUUUGACAAAAUAGGAGAUGACUGGAUAAAGAUAUCACACAUUCCUCGACUUUUGUCCUUUGUUUCCCAGAUAAUGCUCAUGGCUCAAAGUGAAGCUACAGCAGAAGGCAUUGAUGUAUCAACCUCUACGUCGACUUUUUACUUGGGUUCAUCUGUUUACGCGUCGAGAUACUCCUACGACCGCUGUGAAAAUAUCUUGCGAGCCUUCUUCAAAUAUUGGUGUCUCUCAACAAAUACACUUCAUACGCCCGUUGGGGAGUUGUCCAUCAUAUUUUGGGAUCUUUAUCGACUUGGUGGCCUUUCGAUCGAUGGCUCGUUCUUUGAUGAAGUUGUUCCUUCGGCGCAGGAGCUUCUCAUUCGUGACAAAGAAGGGAAGCCACUUCUCCCUGAGAGUUGCAGGUACCUCUUUUCUGCUUAUUACCACCUUUGGACGAAUGACCAAGGGGUAUGGAUGAAAGACUGGAUUCGCUUCUGGUUCAAAGGAGAGGCUAGGUAUAGGGAUUCUCCGAGUAGGGCGAAUAGAAGGAAGACCACAUCUAAACCAAAAAUGACUUACAACCCUUCUAGAAGAGUAGAGCCUUACGACCUUGCCGAUACGAAGGAUUUCAACGUCCCUUUUGACACACUGGAUAUCCUAGGAUUUUUAAGAAAGGAGACCUAUAUUGCGGCAUUCAUAGCGUGUUGGAUUUGCAAGUUUCUUUUGCCAAGCAAAAAGAUCGAUCGCAUUCGCCCAAGUGUUUUCAAGGUUGCAUGUUUAAUGGCCACAGGGAAAAGAUUUUGCCUUGCAAUUCCCGUUCUUGCGAGCAUAUAUCAUGGGUUGAGGGAGAUCGUCCACGCCCCUAACCUUGGAGAAUGUGGGAUAACUUUUCCAAUCCAUUACGUCUAUACUUAG